CUAGCAUAGGGUCAGCACGGCGCUGUAAUCGAGUGUAUUUUAAAAAUGGAUGUCAUGGAAAAACCACUAGCAGCUAAAUACAGGAAUUGCACCGACCUGUGAUUGGAAGAUAAAAAUAGUAUGUCAGUGGCGAUGACGUGACAAUUCGUUACGUUAGCCGUUUCAAGAGUAAUGGUUUUUACACGAAAAAGACAGUCCACAGGAAAAUACAAUAAAAUAUUAAAUAUUUCUCAAAGACAAACGGUGCAGUAUUCUUUUGAAGUCGGCUGACUAGCUCGCUAAGAGUCAAUGUCCUAUCGAAGUUGAAGUUCAACUGUCGCAAAUCGGAUAACUUCACUGAGUGAUUCUGAGAUGAAACCUUUUGUCUGCAUCCACAUUGAUCUUAGAUUUUACCACUUACAUAUUGAAGAAAAGCCAUAAACAGAGCUUCAAUGUCCACGUACACCCAACUGAACCUCGGUGCGAUUCCUGCAGAUACCGCUGUUCAUACUAAAUGCAGGAAUUGCACCGGACGCGUUCUCGUCCCCAGAGUCACUCUAAGUUGUAACAAAAGAGCACGUGACCAAGAAAGACGGGCUCUGGGAACGAGAAUACACCGGACGCUCAUUGGUCGAAUGCGCAACUUGGCAUAAAUUAAAUAGCCGCGGGAAACUUUAAUUGAUUUUCUCGCGUUUUGAUUUUCGCUUGAUAGGACAAGACUUAGGCCACUGGAAAUAACACAUCACUUGUAUUCGAAGUUAAAUUAUACUGAAGCAGGGGUUAUAGGAUCCUGACUAAAGGUCAUCUAAACCUCGGGCUGAUUGUUCUUUGCCUUUUUUUCUUUUACUGCUUGACUUUACAAGUGUAACAUGCUCUCCUUGGUGAGUAUAUCGAAUCUGAAAUACCUCAGCAAUGUAAAAAUAAUGGUCACCUAAACAGCCUGGUUAAAUCCCAUCAUGUCCUUUGGAAGAAACAAAAAUCCCCUUUUCAGCAAACCGAAUAAUCAUUGCGUUUCAGCACGUAGCUGCGAGGACCAUUUGACCUGCCACAGGGGUGGGUGGGUGGGGUUGAGUUUUCGCAGAAAAAAGUCUGUGGAGAAACUAAAGACGAGUCAAUGCUUGUUUUAAGCUAAUAGAGUUACAUGUCAUGUUCACUCGCAAAAUUUAGGGAAAAAGGCGGUCCACCUGUAAGAGUUUGCUGAAAUUAGCUCUUGUAUUUACACUUUGUGUACCUGUGGAUAACAUUUCUACAUUGAUUUAUAUUUUUUUCAUUCAUUUUUUUUGGGGGGUGGAGGGGGAGUUGAGGGCAGUCAAUGACUAAACACUCAUCUGAAUGAAUCUGAACUCUAUUCCAUGCAGGCUGGUGACUGGCAAAAGUGCAGUAAGCAAGUAACCUCUUCUGCCCUUACCAGCCAUACCAGGAGAGAGGCCUUUGAAUUCAAUUUACCCCCACAAAAUCCCCUCGAAAUGCUGAUGGUGAUGUUGUUGUGUCAGAUUCUCCAAGAAUUACAACAAACCCCUUUUCAUUGAAAACAAUACCACCGUUUAGUCUGUUAACAACAUGGGAUAAGCAGCUAAGCUUCUGGCAGAAAGAAGAGAAGGGUUACUAUUAUCUGCAGCAUGGCUCCCAAUGUUUUGGCAUAUCUGAUGUUAAAGAUAUGUUAAAAGUACAUUAUGCAAGGGAUCUACAAAGGGCCGUCCAAGCAGAAUUAAACUGGUUUUCAGAACCAUACAUUAAACCACUGACUGUCCAAAUGUAUCCUCCAGAAAGUUCCAUAAAGAAAUUUCAGGAAAUUCUAUACUUGAAUCCUUUUGAUUAUAUUAUUCCAAACUAUGACAUGACACCAAAUGAAGUGGCUUCUCUCUGUGUCACACGAUGGGUUUUAAGUGACCUUCUUGACAGUAUUUACACACAUAUGUACUGUUUCAUGCACUCAAAAACUGUUUAAUUUGGUUUCUGUGCAUUUGAAAUCUUCUGUUUGUUUUAAAUUUGCUUUUUGUUUUGCAAAACUACUACCAGGGAUAAUCAACUUUUUGCCGGCUGUGAAAUAUAGCCCCAAGCUGUGAGCAUGAAUGUCUGGCUUUCUUAGCAUUAUAUAAAUCAUUGCCGAAAUGUUAUCUAGGUAACAGAUAUAUACGUUGGCUAGUUUAUACAUAAGCUUAAUAUAUGUAUGUUGUGGUUCAAUUUUGUCCUUGGUUUAUAUUUUCCUUUGUUUUUGUGUAUGGUAAUCUGUGAUAAUGAGUUUACAAUAAAGGAAACUAAAAUUUAAACCAAGGAUCAAAUUGAACCACAACAUAUACACUUAUAUAAACAAACUGUGUUAUUUUUCCUUUAAAUUAUUAAUAACAAACAAUAAAUGCGUUGUUCCAGGAAAUAUCCAUACUCCCUCCAAGGAUGGUAUUUUCCUUGGGAUGCCCCCACCAUUCGGGAAAUUCCAGGUUAAUUUCAUACUUUUCUUUAAAAAUCUUGGCCUUUCAAACCCCCCUCCCCUUCAGAAUUUUCCUUGGGGUUGGUGGGUAUGUUUAUUUUCUGGAACCACACAAUCCAAAUAAAUUACACUAGCCUUUUUGAGGGAGAAACUCCUGUAUAAAAGUUACAGGGAUUGCUUGUCUUCUAACUUAUCAAGUUGUCUCAUCUCAGUAAAGGCAUAGAAAUACACAGAAUUUGAUCUCACUUAAUUGGUAUGUUUAUAUUGGGGGUGGAAAGUCAGUAAAUAUAGAAAUAUCCAUUUACAAAAGCCCUGCACAUACUUUACUGCUAACAGUGUUGAAGUGGACUCCUCGAGGGGUCAAAGAAAGUCUUUGGUACACUAAAUUUUCUAAUGAGCCGCCCUGUGCCUAUUGUAUAGGAAUCCCCCCCCCCCCCACCGGCACACUAGCUACAAAGUUAAAUAAAAAGUUAUGUCACUUACACAGUUGUUCCCUGUGAUUCCCUGGUACCUCUAUUUUGUGUUCCCAAUAGAAACUUUAGCAUGAUUCAUUGCAUGCCCUCCAACAACAGUAUUAAUUUUUUUAAUACAGACCUUUGUCGCAAGACUAUAUUGAAAAGGGAUCGAUGUCUUGUCGCGGUUUCAAAAAAAAAAACUCUGGGGACGAGAACGCGUCCGGUGCAAUUCCUGCAUUUAGUUUGAACAGCGGUAUCUGCAGGAAUCGCACCGAGGUUCAGUCGGGUGUACGUGGACAUUGAAGCUCUGUUUAUGGCUUUUCUUCAAUAUGUAAGUGGUAAAAUCUAAGAUCAAUGUGGAUGCAGACAAAAGGUUUCAUCUCAGAAUCACUCAGUGAAGUUAUCCGAUUUGCGACAGUUGAACUUCAACUUCGAUAAGACACUCUUAGCGAGUCAGCCGACUUCAAAAGAAUACUGCACUGUUUGUCUUUGAGAAAUAUUUAAUAUUAUAUUGUAUUUUCCUGUGGACUGUCUUUUUCGUGUAAAAACCAUUACUCUUGAAACGGCUAACGUAACGAAUUGUCACGUCAUCGUCACUGAAAUACUAUUUUUAUCUUCCAAUCACAGGUCGGUGCAAUUCCUGUAUUUAGCUGCUAGUGAAAAACCACGCUCCUCUAAAUCAUGUCGCCUUCGCGAUUUUCUUCCCUCAUUCAGGCCUUCGUUUCUUUCUUUGAUCCUGUUUUGUGCCUGUGGCUAUCUCUGGCUGAGAAAUGAAACUUUGAAUGAUCGCAUGAUAGCGCUGGAAAAUCGCUUGAACAAGUUCCUCAGAGAGGAUCGCGUUGUGACUGAUGACCCGCCACAAGAGAUCGUAGGAAGUUCACCGUCAAAGCCAACUGCCACCAAACUGCCCGAGUAUAAAACAGGUAAGAAUCGUCUUCACUGUUUUGUUGUGCUUAUGUGGUGACUAUAAGCGUUUUGUACAUAGUUCAGUUUCAUGCUGGCAAGAAACGGAGAGCAGCGCAAUGGAAACUCUGUUGUGGAAUUUUGAUAAAGCUGGAAUCAUUAAAACGGGGGAAGCGGAAAUCUCUGCAAUGGGCAAUCUUUAAAGCAAAGAAUCUUAAAAGAAUCCGCACUGGACGCUAUUCAAAAUGAACAGAAAUACACCAAAGCCCGCCUAAGCACGCUUUUGAGGGUUGGGAGGGCAGGAGGAGGACUAUGGAGCGCGUUCAUUCUCCUUUUGGACCGCGCUGAAAUUCAGACAUGAACGUUGCUUAUUAUUUGCGCCGAAUAGGUCGAAAUCAUGACGUUUUUCUUCUUCUUGUGGUCAAUAUCACCCCCGCGGUUUUUUAAUUUUCUUACGUGCGCUACCUGCGUGCCCUCGACGUUCUCUGGAGAGAAAACAGAAGGUCUGUGAACAGGAAAUUAGAAAAAGAAAGAGACCUGUUUUAAGUUGUUGAAAGUACUUACUAAAUAAUGCGGCAGCGGCGUCAAGUUCAACUGCUGUACAAUUUUUUCGUUUCAGCUUUGUCUGCAGGAUUUUUUUUUUCUGAAAUCCCCCGCCCCUUAUAUCCUUGACGUCAAAGGUUAACAAUGGGAGACGAGAAGUUUCUCGCCUGUCCUCAGGAAUCGAUUGAGACGGCGAUGACCGGAAACGGAAAAUUAAUAUCGACUUCUUUUAAGACAUAAUUGAAAGAGAAAUUAAAAAUAGUCUGAGGUAGUUUGAUGUAUAAAAAAUAAUUGAGAAGUCAGAUGUGUGCCUGUGUCAAACCAGCAACACACAUCUACAAGGAAGUUCACUUUGAGAAUAAGGGACAAUUUGCAUUAGGGAUUGCGAUGAUCGGGGGAAAUCCGGGGGGUGCAUUAAAAGGAAGUACGGGCGGGUAGAGGUUUGCCGCCAAGUCCUUCAAACCCUGAAAAAGAUUUUCCUUUCGCUACCGUGUUUAAGACGAGAAAAUUAUUUAUGACUUUGAUUCGUUUCGUUUUGCACACAGAAUCGAGUAAUUCUUCAAACUAAAUAAUUUAUCAUAGAAUAAAAUUUUUUGGUGAAAAAAAAAGUGGGAAAGAAAGAAAAAGAAACUACAAAAGACAACAAAAGAAACUUUGCUACAACAAAAUAUUAAUGUAGACCGCUCAUCACCAACUUUCGCACUCUUUUGAAGGUUCCCAAUCCAAAAAGACAACCUGUUCAAAACGCUUUUAAAAUAGUUACUAUAGCAAUCGGAUUAAGUUUAAGACUCAAGACCCUGAAAACCAUUUCCUCUCUGCUUUGCGGUCGUUUCUAGUGUUUUCUAAUAACCUUUUUUACAAGUUUCAACGCUUGUCAUGCAGAAAGGUUUUAAGCUUUGCUGUCUAGGAUAGCUGCACGCUCAAGGAUGGAGGAUGGCGGUAGUCCUCAUGAGUAGACGUUCUUCGUCUAGCGAAUUAUGUGGCGGCGCAAAACGUAUCUACGAAUACCAUACCCUCUCGAAAAAAGGAAAAUAAAUCUCUACCUACGGACUCACAUGCAUUUUUCUUUUAGUCAGGAAUGUUUCUACAGCGAUGCCGGCAACUGACAGGACAAGAUAUCGCAGGGAGGUCCCGGACCCGGACGAAAUUCCAGAAACACCCGCCCUCUUCCCGGACAUUCCAGAUUUCAACUUUACCAAAAUGCAAAAUGCAACUAAUCCUCUAGAAAUCCCAAACCCAGAUUUCAACUUUAGCAUGGAUAGCAUAUUGGAAGAAAUGAACAAGUACUUUGAAAAACUGCAGAUCAUGACUCUUCAGUACUGCAACUCAAAUGCAACAAGCUGCCCUGCAGGUCCUCCUGGACCUCCCGGCCCGGUAGGCCCCCGUGGUAAAAGGGGAAAAAAGGGAAAGCCGGGUGACCGGGGACCUCGUGGAUUUGAUGGCUCUGACGGAGCAUCAGGAAUGACCGGACCGAUGGGACUUCCAGGACUGGAAGGACUACCUGGCCUAGAGGGAUCACCCGGACCAAUGGGACCUCUAGGACCAGAAGGACCGAUUGGCCCAGUGGGAUCACCCGGACCGAUGGGCCCUCCAGGACAAGAUGGAUCGAUUGGCCUUUCGGGACCACCCGGACCGAUGGGCCCUUCAGGACCCCGGGGGGCACCCGGACGUCCCGGAAAAGCAACAAGUGACAAAAAUGCAAGCAUGUGGUAGUUUCGCCUUCAAAACAGACAGCAAAUAUGGAAACAAGUGGGACAUUUUACUGCACGAUUGAUGGAGAGCAUACCUCUGGAACACAAUGGAAAUUCAAUGGCAAAAAUCUUACCUCAGGAGAAAAAUAUUCGAUCAGUGACAAUGGCAUUCUGAUCAUAAAGCGGUUAAACUACAACGAUGCUGGACAGUACACCUGUGUUGGCAAAGAUGUUUUUGGAAGGCCUGAAUCUAGUGGCAUCCUUACUGUUCAAGGUAUGAGUAUUAUGGUCGUAAAUUCCUAAAAGUGAGCUCUGUUCCCGAGUCGUUUUUUUUUUUUUUUUCUGUUGGCUUGACAUAUUCUUUGACGAAGCUGUAAAUUUGCUAUUCCAGGAGCCCAUGGUGAUGGGCUCCUAGCCUGUUCCAGGCUCUCAGAUGGUGGGGAGGACGCGAAAGAAAAAGGUACGCGAAAAGUUGGCGGGGCGGGAAAAAGAAAAAAAAAAGCCCCCCCCCGCCCCCCCCCCCCCCCGCCCCCCCCCCCGAUCUCCCCAGUUUCCUCCCGUUUUAUUUUUGUGUUUGCGCUUUCUGAAUUCAGCGGACCCGACUAUCUCGGAGCCUGGAACAGGCUAAUGGGCUCCUGGCUAUUCACAAAAACAUUUCUCAAGUUUCAUAAAGAAAAAGGGCACCAAAGUGACAUUUUUAACAAAACGAACCAGUCAACCGUGAUACAACCCCUUUCAACCUUCACGUCGCAGAAAGAGUUACGUAUCACAGCUCUUUUUUGUAUUUAAUUAAAAGCUUAUUAUGUUGAAACAGUGGAGGCUUUGGUACUAGUACCAAGGACCAGCUUCUCCAAAUUUUCACUAAAUUUCGAUCUCGAAAGCAAAUUUUAAAAUCAAAACCAGUUUAAAAUGAUCUACUUAAGAACAGUAGCCGAAGCCCGUCCAAGCUAACAGACCAUUCCAUUUUUCACUUAUAGUUUUAGUACAUUACUCUCAAAACUAUGAAAACUCCUUUCUUGAAUGUUAACGUGCAACAGUAGAUUAAAACAGAUUUCCGGGCGUGGUGUUUUCCGAGACCUACGAGUGUCCAGUCCCUGGUUAUGACAGGGAUAUUACUGAGUCAUUCCAACACCUCAAAACCAUAGGCUCGAUUCUCGUCGCUCUCUCGGGUCCGAUCUUGAUCCUCCCAGAGAGGAGUCUUUUUUUGGGAGGGUGGGGAGAGGGUGGAGUGGCACUGGUUUAUGUCCCGAGCAGCGGCUGGUAAUCGAGUCUAUACUACAAAAUCGGUGCGGCCAUUGUUACUAGAUGGUAAGUUUCAAAGAUUUCUAAACAGCUGAUCAUGAACUGAGACUUACUUCAAAACCAACUUAUGACGUGUUCAUAUCUCCCGUAUCUAGGGCGUCCGGUCUUCCUUAAAAAGCCUCCAUCGGAUGCCACAGCCCUGGAACGCGAUACUCUCCGGAUACCCUGUGAGGUUGAAGGUGUCCCACGUCCCAGGAUAAGUUGGUCAAGAGUAGGAAAGACGUUACCAGUUGGAAAGACUAAAGUAAAAGAAGGUACACUUAUCAUUAGCGACCUGAAUGUCACUACAGACGGUGGAUUGUACGAAUGUGCUGCAGCGAACUCAUUCGGAGCAACGAAAGCCCGGAUAAAAGUUGAUGUGCAGCGACCUCAGCUUCCAGCAGGUUUGUAUAUCGUAUAGUUUUGCAGAUUUUACUGCUCUCGUUCCCAGUCACUCCUGAAGCUCUGUUUUGUUUUGUUUCUUUUUUUUUUCCUCUAGAAAUUUACCGGCUCAACUUUCCCCUGAAGUAGUUUAUAGCUACACCACCGAAUUGUUUGAAAACAAAGAAUUCAAAAUAAUAAAACAUAAUAGGAUUAGAAGUAAAUAACAGGAGGCUGCCUCAAGUAAAAUGCUAGAGGAAUUUAGCCUGAUCCUGUGACCCCAGGGGAGCACACAAGGGAAGUUUGGGUAAUGUUUAUUUCGCUAUAUAAUUGUUUUUUAGUCAAGCGACCCUAUUUUUCAACCCUGAUUCGUUUCAUUUUGCAGAUCGAAAGAAUCAAGUAAUUUUUUUAAACUAACAUUAUAGGGUUUAGCACUUUUGGAUAUCACAAAUGUAGACCGCUCAUCCAAAAAUAAACCGCCCUGUUCAAGACACUUUAUAGUAAAAUCGUUUACCGUCUUUAUGAGAACCAAGACCCUGAAAAACCACAUGCACCUAGUAGCUUGUUCAAGCGGUACAUACUCGUAUUGGCCAAAUGAAGGGAGUGCUCCCCUAGCCCUCGGGCCUGUGACCAAGCCAAUUGCAAAGAUACUGUGGAUAACCUCAUGAUUAGCCUGCGUGGAGGGCGCAAAAAGAGGAGGGGGAGUGGGAAGGAAGAAAAGCGCGAAAGAGGGGAAAAGGGAAGGAGCCUUACCCUUUCUCCCCAAUCCCCCUUCUUUUUCCCUUCCUCCCUAUCCCCUACCCCUUUCGACGCCUGCUACGCAGGCUACCCCAUAAUGAGACUGUUUUCUGGUUCUUCUUUUUCUUGCAGAAAAGUGUAACUGCUGGCGUGGUUCAAAGGGAGGGUUCACGGCUUUUUCAUGGGGGUAUGACGGACCCAACGGGAGGGACACCGAUGUUUUUGAUUUCCAGUCUGAUGGAGACUUUAUACUUCAUGGUUUCCGGAUGAGGGGUGUAUUUGUGACUUACAACCCUACUACAGACGUGAGCAUUCGUCUACAGUACGCUAACAACGAUUCCUUGAUCGCAGAAAGAAAUGGUACGUUUAUUGGCCUAGACAACCGCCAGGACGUGACCUUUGAAGUUCUUUUUCCCAAAGGGGUGCAUAUUCGUUCUGGUGUUAAAUACACUGCAUCGUCUAAAAUGGAUGCUAAACAAAUAAACGCUUUCUUUUACGUGAACACUGACGGGAGAAAAAUGGUCACGUGUUCUAAAGCAACGAUUACCUUUACCCCUACUCCCCGUAGUAAAACAUCUAGUCCAUAUCGUGGUUCAAACAUCAGAGGGGGCCAGAUAGCGGCUUUUAUUAUCGGUUCCUCUCAGUGUUAAGAGACCUUGUGUCUGACUCUUCCAAUCCCAAGAGUUUUCCAUGCAUGAAAAUUAAUAUUUCACUUUGUAAAACAAAUAUAGAUCUUUUUAAAAUAACGCUACGGCGGGCAUACUGGUGUACCAGAAUAAUCCCAUGGGGAUUUUGUUCCAAGAAAUUUGCAUCAUUAGUGAUAAUGUAAUUGAAAGCGAUCUAUACCUUAUUUGUCUGCCGGGGAGGUUUGGAUGGUGAGAUAUUGGACUGAGGCAAUCGGUUUAGUGAUAAAACUCGAAAUAAAUUCCUAAGAAAAGUUUAAGAAAAGUUUUCGAUUGGUAUUUUUUAAUUGUAAAUAGAGUCGCGAGUGACCCGGAAUGGGAGUCGAGAUCGUAGGAUUCCGGCCUGUAAGCAAGUCAAUCAUAGCAAAUAAUUUUAUAGAUUUCGUAUUUCGUAAAAAUAAAUAGAUGUUUUGAGAAAUUAGUAGCAGCAUUUAAAAUUACUGUAAACUCAAGUGCGAGUAAAGGUAUUGGUUGAGUGAGCUCCUGAUUAUAUUUCCUGCACUAUCUUGGAACUGAAAACAGAGGGUGAUUUUAGAGAAAGGAAAGUGUUAUAAAUGAUUAGGUUUCAUUGUCUUGCGUUGAUUUUAUAGUCAUGACAGAUAACAUGUAAUCAUCUCCGUCUAUGUUACACUUGAUGUCAACAUCAUUAGUUGCAAUAAAGAUGAGGCUAACGAAUGUGUUUAGAAGGCCUAAGUGAUCUUGAUUU